CUGAGCGCUGCUGAGGACUUGGAGACAAUCCUGGGAGGAGGUGAAGUCUGAGAGCUUAAAGGACCAGAUGUUUUCCUGGAAAUAAAACUGCGUCAGCUUACUGGAAUAAGUCGAGCUUCGCCUCCUGAAAUCCAGAAUCUCUCUCGUGUGUCCAGCAGCAGGCAGGAUGUCUGUGACUGUUACCAAGGCCGAGGGGGUCACUGUGUUCACUUUGACCUCGGACCCCCAAAGUGCUUGGCCUCCUCUGUGCCAGAUCUUCAAGGGUCUUUGCUACAGUCCAGUUUGCUGCUCGGUGUCUCAGCAGCUGAGGAGGAUCCAGAGAAGUUCUCAGUCAGUGCUGGGGACUCUGCAGAUUAUGGUUGGGCUGCUCAAUCUUGGCUUUGGAGCCAUCCUCCUCGGCCCUAGUUCCUGGUGGCAUAUUUUUUUUUUUGCCAUGUUUCCUUUUUGGUUGGGAGCGUUGUUCAUUGUGUUUGGCAUCGUGUGCAUUUUGUCUGAGAAGUACCCCAGUCCAUGUUUGGUCAUCCUCACCGUGGUUCUGAAUCUGGCAGGAGUUGCUUUUGCCAUUACAGCCAUUGUCCUGUACAGCAUCAACAUAGAAGACAUAUCUCUGGGGUGGUAUUGUGACCGUUAUGAUGACUACUACUGGGACAGAAGACAUGAUACUACAACUACUCCAUCUCCUGAGAGGGAUCUCUUGCAGGAGAAGUGCUUGGAGGCCAGAGAACUGGCUCAGAUGCUGCUGAGAGGAAUAUUUGGUGUUCUGAUCGUCUUGUCGGUCCUGGAGCUCUGCGUCGUCAUCAGCUCUGCCGUGUUGGGGAUCAAGGCUCUGAGGAGCAGACAGAAGGAAUCAAACAAGAGCCCUGAAGAGCCAGAAUACUUCAAACCGCUGCUGGAUGAAGUCACCACUGAUCCUGGAGCCUGAAUGUCAGCAGGAACUGUGAUCCUGCAGCUUUAAACCACUGACUCUCUGUGCUGCAGCGUCAGUGAAGCACACAAAUUCAGAUGGUACAGUCUUCAUAUUCUGGCACUUUGCUGAGCUUUGCUUUAAACUAAAUGCACUUCUACUAUAUCAUUUCUUUAUGUCAGUGAUCUGCACUAAACUGAACAUGCUGCUGUCCAUUUUAAUCUUUGUUUUGGUCUUUACAUGUAACAAUUUUACCAUGAAGGGAUGUGCCUUACAAGAUGUUUGUUGCUAGAAAGGAGUUUGUAGACGUUCAUGUGGCAUUACUGGGUUUCUUGCAGUUUUUUUGUUUUGUUUUUUUAUUCACAAUAUUAUGCAUGCAAUUGAAAAUACAGGUGUAAAAGCUGUUGACUGUUACAUGUUUUUAUGUGUAUUGUGAUAACCCUCCACCUGGACAGAUGUUCCUGUCUGGUCUUUCUGGAGCUGAGGGUCAUCAGCUGACGAGCCACACCUGUGAUCAAGUGGUUCAGCUCCAUUUAAUCCCUCUCACUCCUAUUCCAGGUUUCUCUCUGACAGGAGCUGCUGCCUGGGAGCUCCAGCCUCAUGGUUUUGGGUUUUGUUUGCUGUCUUUAAUUCACCAGGUUGGUUAUUUGUAUUGCAAUAAAUCAAUUUUUAGUCACCA